GCUCAAUACUAAAUAAUAUAAGGAAUAUUAUUGUUCUUUAACCCCUAUUUAUUCCCACCCCUUGGCACUACUAUUAAGAGGAAACUUAAAAUGGAUUCAAUAUUUUACACAUUAAGAGAGUUUAGGAUUUUUUAGCAUUUCAAAAACCUUUCCUAUUUCUUCCUUUUUUGUCCGAUUAUCUAUAUCUAUACUUAAUAUUAUAAAGCUGAAGAGUUUGUAUGUUUGAACGCGCUAAUCUCAGGAACAACUGGUCCGAUAUGAAAAAUUUUUUCAGUGUUGAAUAGUACAUUUAUCGAGGAAGGCUAUAGGCUAUAUUAUAUUAUCAAUAACAUUAGGGAUCCUUACUAAAAGUCCAAUUUAGAAUCAAAUGCGUUGGUGGGGGUUAGAUACAACAUGCAGUACACGGUACUAAGUGUGUGUUAAUGCCGCAGGCGCUAUUGCCUAUUAAAAUUGUUGCCACGCACUAGAUGCCUUAUCAUUCUUAAUUUUCCCAUACAAGUAAAAAACACCCGUGUGAUAUUAACAACGAAGCAAUCUGUACCCUCAUAAGAGUUCAAUUAGUAUUUAAAUACUUGUUAUUUUAAAUCGCAAACCUAAAAUAUUGUUUUUUUCCUCUCUCUGUGUUUAAUUUGUUUUUUUAUUGCCCCUUUUUUCAAGUAUAUAUAUUUUACAGACUUGAAACUUCACAGUAAUGUUCCUUAUGUUACGCAGGAUGACAUUUUCCAAAAACUAGAUCCCAUGGGUGGUUAAAACCAGGCAACAGUGGGUACUUUGUCUGCAUGAGAACAGGAUUUUGCAUUGUUCAUGCCUUCUGCGUCUCCAUGGCAGUGGCGUACCCACAAGGAGGGGCAUGUAUAAUGAGCGGCGCAAGAGUGAUCUGCCUGUAGACUGCCGUAGCGAAAUACGGGUACAUCAGUUGUACGAUGCGUGCACGAGUCGGGAAACCAUCGGUGCUGUUCAUUUUCUCUCCGGUACAUUAUACAGCAUUGUAAUAAAUUUUCACUGAAUUUUUUUUUUAUUUACCAUUACUGUAAAUGGGAGAUGUGGCUUAUUUUUUUCCCAGUAGUAUAGCCGUGCGAAGCCGGGUCGGGCAGCUAGUGGUUAAUAAAUAGCCAUUCACACUAACUACUUCUUGGCAUUUGAGUUGAGACCACGUGCGGAAGAAUGAAGGUGUUGGUGAUAUUACAAUGUCACAUCUCCGGAGGACCAAGGGAUGAACCUGGAAAUAGAGAAAUAAGGGACUUCCAAAUGUGACAGUUCAAACGGUACCCAGACAUCUUGUCUUUCACUACUAAAAACAAAACUUCAUUUUUUCCAUGGAGCUCCAUCAUAACACAAUCGAAACACCCGAAAACUAAAUACUGAACAUUCCGCCCUCUUAAAAUAUUAUUCUACACUUGAAGUCCUAUUAUCGGUUUAUUUUCAUUUGUUAUACAGUUCAAUGACAUUGGAACGUGGAAUCUUCCAUUCGCCAUUCAUUCUCAACCACCCUGGCUAAACACCAUUUCAGAGGUGGCAUGUUAUCCUGGUGUGCAUGAACAAGCUCCCCUAUGUAUAUUAAGAUUUUGGGAGGACAGUCCACUUUGAACUGUGCUGAAGGGUGUUUAAAUACUCUUCUGCCACGGGUUUCAGAAAUGUUGGUCAGUUGAUUGGGCCAUUUUCCAACGCGUCAGAUUCUCGAGUUGUCAUGGGUUAGGUCAUAUUCUGGGUAGACAAGUAGUGCCCUAACACCUAAGAAAUGUCCAGAUGUUAAUGCUCUGAGUUAAAAAGGGUGCAUUGACAUUGGGGUGAGUUGUAUUGAGAACUACUUCAACUCUUGAUGCGAUGGAUGCCAGCUCUUCCAAUGUAAUUUAAUGAAAUUCUUUGGAUAUGUGCUAUUGCGGUUUUGCACUGUUUUCCGUGGAAAUAUUCAAGAAUAUAAAAAUAAAUAUUCAUGGUCAACACAGUGAACUGAUGGACCAAACGAUGAAACUAAGCAGGUAUUAUGAACAACACAAUGAUGACAGCACAGAUGAUCACAGUAGGCUUGUCAUCAGAAUUGUAUUAAAUCAAAAUUAUCCAUUGAAUGAAUCAUUUAAAGAAUUUAUCUUCAAAUGUUAAUCCCUAGAGUCAAUCAGUUUUUGAAAAAUAUCUUUAGCACACUUUAUAGCUACUUCCUAAAUUCCACCUUAAUGGGGAGCUGUAUAAAGUUCAGUUAAGUAUCCAAUGAACAAAAAUCAAUAGCAUCAUGAUGUGAAGGUGAUUACAGCAGGUUGGACACAAUUCGCUGAAAUUUGGCAUAUGUGGGAACAUAGACCACGAUGUGCCAUGAACCGGGUCAGUGCUGCAGGGGGUCGUCUCGGAAGACAAACCAUAUACUACCUGGAAACUAAUUUGUUGAGAAACUUAUGAAGAGAGAAAUGUGUGCCUUCUGAGUUUGAGAAUUUUCUCAUAUUAUUUGCAUUGAUGGUAAAAACUAAUUAAAAUCAACUUUUAAGAGCCAAAAAAUGCCGGCUUAUAAGUAAGACAAGGGAAGGAAGACCAUCCUAUCAUCUGAGGUGUGUUUUUGGCUUGCACAGAAAACAUAGAACACAAUUGACACACAUGAAUGUAUUACCUGGUGACUGCACAGAAUCCAAAACAGACCAGAGAGCAUGGCCUGCAGGAGUUGUAGACCUGCAUGCAAGUACACUAUAUGAUAUUUAUCAACUUAGUAACAUGGCGUUUUUUUUGCAAGAUGAGAUGAAAUAAAAAGAAACUUUUGAAUUCUAAAGACUUCUUCCAUCCUUCAGUAAUCUACCUCGUUCAAGAAAGGGAUUAAGAUGCUGUAUAUGGGUUGUACAUGGCCUAUUUGAACUUGUAGGAAGUGUAUUUACUUGGGAAAUGCUGCCCGCUGAACCACAUAGAAAAUAUUUUGAAUUAGGAGGUUUUAAGUCUCCUAAGGUGCCUGUUGAAAAAUGAUGAAUACAACAAACACUUUAGUAUUCACGAAAUUUUUAUUAAAAUUUAAUUUAUUUUAAUAUUGCGCUAAUGAUAAUUCUUUCUAAUAUAUUUAUGAAAUGACAAAAAUAUUUCACAACAUAUAUUAUAUAUCUACACUUUAUAUAUAUACAUAAUCUGUGCUAUUUACCGAUAAUUUUAGUAGCAAGAAAUUAAAUGACCACAAAAUAAGAAUAUGACAUGAAAUUUCAAAAAGGCAUAUCUACAAAAAAGGAAAUCAACAAACAAAAAACUUUCCGGGAUAUAACUAUAUAUUAUAUACAUGAAUGACAAAACUACAACAAUUUUUUUAUAAAAUUUUAAACUUCAAAGAUAUAAGCAUAUUAAAAAAAUAAAAAAUAAUUUCAAAAGGGCAUAAGUACAGAAUUCAAAAUAUUAUCAAAAGAUUGCCAGUGACGUACACUUAAAUUACCAAAAAGGGAAAAAAAAAAUUCACAGUUUUUCGUUUAAAGCUAAACUUUGAGAUAUAAACCUUAUAAAUAAUUAUAAGCAUAGUUACUCGUAAGACGCCUAAUAAUAAACACACUUCAGUUUAAUAAUUAAUACUUAUGUAGCUGUAUUUCAAAUGUUACUAUAUUGUUACACUUAUAUUUUCUAUUGUAUAACAUCUCUAUAGAGUAGGAAAGGUAUAUAUAUAUAUAUAUAUAUAUAUAUGGUGUUAUUCAGUGAGUGAUGAGCUUAACUAUAUAUAGGAUGGCAGCAUACAACUCUCUAACAGCAAAGGAUCCCUAUAUUUUAUGCCCUUCCUUGGAAUUUUGUGAAAAUCUCCUCAUCCACACAACCACACGUCACACGUACAAGCUUCAUCCAAUAUGAAUGUUCUAAAAUGAGCUUCAGGGUCUCUUCUGGUGUAAUGAACAGAGAAGUCUCAUUGGAAUAUCAGGAAGUGUUUCCAAGUGUGUAUCAACAAAAGGUUUUAUCAACCAGCUAGUGCAUAGGUGAGAUAACCACUGGUGACUUGUCUACCAGAUGUGAUGAUGGUGGGGUCAAAACACGCUUGAGGCCCAGCAGUAUUAUCCAGUGAAUUACCAUGUUUCCAAACAUCAGUAGAAGUCAAAAACUUAGAAAAAAAGAUUUUGGUAUUACUCCUACAAAUUCUAAUACGUUCAAACGGAUGAUAUAUUUUCAAUAUGAUAGGAGUUACAGUUAUUUUUAUGUUUUUCAAAAAACCUUCCCAUUUAUACCCUUUAUUCGGAUAUUUCAUAUUAACGAACUCGACCGAGAUUUACCACUACUAGAUUUAAUGUAUCAGUUUGGAAGUGAUUUGUGAGAAAUCACUACAGUUAUUGUGCCCCUAAAAUUGUUUAUAUAUAUAAUAACUUUUGGGUUAACCCAGGGUUUUAGGGCCUAUGGACCAUGAAAUGAAAAAAACUAUAGAAAUAUUUUCCGAAAGUCGCACCAUGGUAACGGUAAUCUACCUCAAAUGUGUUCUGUGGAUGAGCAACUUGCGACCUCAUGUGAUGUGCCUAAGCAGUUGUUACAUAACCGUUACUGCGAAAUACUUUCUUCCUUUCAAUGACAGACUUUACACUAAACUCUCCAUAGUUGUUAAUGGUGUGAGUACUCUGCUGACACAAAAUAAAAAAAUUUCCGGGUGCCCCAGUGUUAGACAAGAAAACAGCUUUGUUUUGGUGUGAAUUUGCGGGAUUAGUUUUAGACACUUUUAUUUGACUUGGCACUACCUCAUGCGCACUUUUCAUUCUAACAGCUUCUAUCUGUAAACAUUUUAUGAGUUGUUCAUCCUCUUGGAAUAUAUCCGGAGCCUCAGAUCGACGAUGUUCAAAUUUUAUUUGCAAAGGUAGAUCCAAUUUCUUCAGAAAGAUGGUAACUAAUAUUAGAUUGUUGUGAGUUACCACAUGGCUAAAAGUAUCCAAACCAAUAAAAUUUUCCAGGAAAUUGCGAACAAAAUAUCGAAUUAACUUUUAAUUUGUAGCAGAAAAAGUUAGCAAUUAUAGAAUUUUGUUCAUAUGUAUUAUAGUGAGUUUUAGAGAAUUUUGAUAACGCUAUGAAAAAACCUGAUAUACAGUAACAUGAUUCUCACCAGUCAAUUCUCAAAACACCCACUAAAUACAUUGGUCUACAAAAAUAUAAAGGUUUGUCUAUCAUGAACCAAAACAGUCAAUUUCGACCAAUCUGAGGUCGAAUAACAAGAAUAUACCAGAAAUUGUUUGUUACCUCUUGGUUCAAAGAUAUAUAUACCUUACAUGUAUGCAUGCAUGUAUGUAUGUGUGUAUGUAUGUAUGUAUGGAUGUAUGGAACUUCUACCUUUGAUUCCUUACCUAUAAAAUUAUUCACUCUGAGCGUUUCUGUGUUUUUUUCGAUUGUAAUCUACUUCUGGGGCAUCUCUCAUGUUAUUCCAGCAAUAGUCUGCAAGCAUAGAUGAGUUCCACUUGCCCUGAUACCUUCUUUCCAUUGCUGAAAUGUCUUGAUGGAAGCGCUCCCCGUGCUCAUCACUCACAGCGCCACAAUUACUUGGAAAGAAGUCGAGAUGUGAGUCCAAAAAGUGUAUUUUGAGCAACAUAUUACAACCCAGCUCUUGGUACGUCAUCAGAAGUUCAUUAACAGAUAAUUUGUAAUUUUCAGUUCUUCGAUUUCCCAAGAAAUUGUGAACAACAUUUUUGAAGGCUUCCCACACUGCUUUAUUUUCCCUUCAAUGGCCCAAUUAAACGUUACGUCCUUCAAAAGCUCUAGAAUUUGUGGUCCAACGAAGAUUACCUUUUUGAUCUUUGCAUCACUGAGAUGUGGGAAUUUGGAAUUAAAAUAAUUGAAAGCUUCUCCUUCUCGAUGCAUCGCUUUCACUAAAUUCUUCAUAAGUCCGAACUUUAUGUGUAAAGGUAUUAUCACGGGAAACUAAGGGAUUGUACUGUAUUUUUUUCCCCCAGGUUCCAUCAUUUUCCUUUCAGGCCAGUUUUUUUCGUGUGUAGCUAAAUUACUUUCACGACUAUCCCACUCUCAAAGGAAGCAACAAUGACGGCAAAAACCUUCAGAUCGUCUCAUAUAUGCCAUUGAUAGACUUCUUAAUUUAUUUGUUUAAGAAGCAAUUUUACAUUUUCAUAGCUCUCCUUUAUUUGUACAGCGUGACCUACACGAACAGAUGGUAGAGUGUUUCCAUUGUGUAGCAAAACAGCUUUCAAGUUAACUUAGAAGGGUCAAUGAAAAAUAUCCAGACUUCGGGAUUAUACUCCAUUCUCAAAGCUGCCAUCAGACCAUUUACAUCAUUGCAGGUAACAAGGUUGUUUUCCAUUUGAAAUAAUGGUGUCAAGUCUCUUUCUCGAUGUCUAUAUACACACACUUCGCUAGGAGAUUCCACUGAUGAAGUCUGGAGGCAAAAAUUUCGGCCUUGCUUUUUAGUAACUUCAGAUCACGAAUGAAAUAAUUAAGUUCUUCUUGAGUAAUUUUAUGUGGCCUACAGGGCGAGAUCGAUUCUGGUGUAUAAUUUGUUUCUUGCUGUAAAUACUCAGGUGGUUGUUGUUUGUAUUCUCCCUUCAUGUCUUCAUCAGAUUCUAAGACAUAAGACAUAAUGUUCUCCAUGUGGUACCGGUCGUGUUGCCGAUGUCGAAGUUGGAUAUGUGAUGGUCAGUAUUUUUUCUUGACAUUCCAUGUUUAAGAUGAUGCACAAUACAGAAAUAGCACAAAGCAGAAAUAAAUAUCAGACAGUAAGUUCUCGCAAUGUCAUGGGAACUGUGAAUGGCAUUGACUUAGCUUUUUCUUUAACCAACAACUGAGGUUUACUGAAUAUGAAUUACAGCAAAUAUUUGGUGCCCAAGGUUUACCCUAAUCUAUUUUACAGUCAAAGUAAUGCCAAAUUAAUGAAGUCAAUUCACGUUUCUGAGAAGCAAACGUCACUUCACCACAAACAUAGCAAAUGUUAUUCACACUGUUAACACAUUUAUGUGAAAUCUUGAAAUAAAGUUAAUCUGGAAUAUAAACCAAAAAUAGUUGGUUAAGAAAAUUUAUAUUAAGAAUAUGUAUUUUUCACCCAAGAAGAAAAACAAAGGUUUGUGCUUGAUUUCUUAUUUAUCUGUGAACAUUUAACUUCAAACACAGAAAAUUACUGAGAAGAACACAUUAGUUCUGUAAGCACAACAAUUGACUUUAAUGUAAACAAAAUGGGUUGUCUAGAAACAAAAUACGGCAUACUCAGUGUUGGACCACCUUCAUUUGUAAAAAAAAAAUGCCGAAAUUGCAAAAUUUCUCUCUAUUAUAAAAUUAAUUCCUGUUUAUAUAGGAAAUGAGAGCGAAGUAAACAUUUCAACAACAUAUUUGUUUAUAUCACAUUGAAAUGAAUAGGAAUUAACUAUUUUUAACUUGGAUGGAUUUUGAGUGUAGACCGGUGAUAUUGUACAUUUUCAAUGUCAGAGUUAUCUCUUAAAAUUCAUAGUAGGUAGGCCAUUCUUCCCAUUGCAUAGAAAAAAUCGUAAAUUUAGCUUCGGUAAUGGGUCAUUCACAUGAGAAAAAAAUGUGGGUGGCUGUUCAACAUUAUUGGUAAUAAUUAUUAUAUGUUAGAUCGAUUGUCCAAGAUAUGUUCUGACAGUUAAGCAUAUUGUCACAGAGUCCCUCGGUCUCCGUCAAGAACUACAAAAUGUCACUCAAAAUAAAAAUAAUAAAAUAACAUAAGAUUUCAAAUAAACAUUAGGGGGGGGGGUAAAAGUAGAGCUGGUACAGGAAUGUCUAACCUCCUUAGGACAGGGGGUGUAGGGUGUUGACUGAAAAAAAGUAUUAUUCAUGCCACACGUUUCAGGUUUAUUUCCGGUAGACUAAGAACAACACACGAAUAAAUAAAUAAAUAAUUAAAUAAAUAAAUAAAUAAAUGUAAAUAAUGUCAAGCUACUCUGUUCACAAUAAACAAUUAAAUACUUCUGUGAAAUAAACGAUUUUUCCUAUUCUUAGCACCAGUAUUAAUUUUUUUUUUAAAUAACAUGAUAUUAUCUUUAAAAGAUUUGUGCAAUGGGAGUGCAUGACUUGAUGUAAGGUUUGGACAUACGCCAUUGCUAAGGGUCGCACCUGUGUUUCCGUACCAUGUGCGUCUCUGCCUGAGGACGGGAGCAGAUAGCAGUUCCCGAAACGUCGCUUGUUUCUGUUUUGGUAAAACUAUUGUGUUGUUUGUCUUUUCGUUUUGUCGUGUUUUUGUCUCGUUUAAACUGUUGUGCUGAAUUAUUUUGGGUUCAAUAUUUUUGUGUUGACAUCAUUUGUGGUUUGUUUUUUUUUCGUUUUAUUAGUACAUUUUUCUUUGUUUUUCUUUGUUUGUUGACCAUUUCCUGUUUCGGAAUAUUUUGUGGUGUUCAUAUCCUUGUUGACAACAUCAAUUGCUUGCUUAAUUCUGUUGUGAUUUUUGUCUUUUUUGGGUAUUUUUAUUUAUUUAUUUUAUUUAUUAGUUUUUCUUCAACAGAAAAAGUUCUUAGCAAUGGCGUAUGUCCAAAAACUUACAUCAAGUAAUAACAUGAUAAUCUCAACACACACCUCGACCCAUCCUUAGGCUGAAAUUAACGAAAGAAAUUAAACAUUAGUGGAUUCCAAACUGCCUGCACUCCUGGAAAGAAUCAAAAAGUUAAGUCAUCCUAUUACAAUUUGUAAAUAUGCCUACAUACUUUACACGAGGAGAAUUACGAGUUCACCAUUACUUACAACGCCUUCUCCGGACGGCAGCACGCAGCUACCCGCCAGGCCGGGGCUCCGACAGACCUCAAACACUUAACCGAGAAAAACCACCCCGGGCGCACCCCGGGCGCACCCAGGGUGGCCCCUUUAUUAAUUCACCCUCACAUCGUCAUCACGUCGAGAACACUCCACGCGAAAGCAAAAAUUCUGGCCGCGAUUUCAAAACACAACCGCCAUGCCGCCAACUGACGCUAUCCCCUCUCCACCGGUCGUGCCAGACUCGCAUUUCUUCCGCCAGAUUGCGACACCAACACCAGCACGUCAGGCGCGCGCGCCUGCGCGAAAACAACAACGCAGCGAAAGUGACGAGGACAGCCAACUCUCCCGGAGAUUCCAGGCCAUGAUGUCGCAACUGCCCGCGUAGCUGGCCAGGCCCUCGGGCGGCGAAAAACGCCACCGUCCCAGAAAAACAGAGAUCGUUAGCAAUCUACCGCGCCAGGAAGACAAAAUACAACGCCCGAGUGUCGCAAGCAAGCGUCAGGAACUCAAGCGGGCUCACAAAGCACUACUUGCGCAAAGCCAAGUUAAAUAAACCCUACAUGUAAAAUUUUACAGCGUGACAAUAUCAUUGUGUCAAGAUUAACUCAUCAGUCAUGAGGAAUAAUGUCCAAUUUAAGAAAACUAUCGCAACACGAAUUGUUAGUAGUGUGGGUUGCCUUUUUCUCAAAAGGCAAACCAUGUCCCCGACGUCCUCUGAGCAAGAAUUCCUAUGAAUGACAAACGGUGAAAAAUAUUGUCUAAUAUCUGCCCAUUACAAGUGGUCGAGCAGUAGUAUAGGUUAGCCGGUCCGGGGACACAGUUUCUGGGUGUAGUGCCUGGUGCUGACAUCCCAUAUUGGAUUUGUGACAUCACGGCGGCCAUCAUGGACUCAAUAAUUCCUCAAAAAUGACUUAAAAUGACUCAAAAAUUCCCGUUUUGAGGAAAAAUUUCUCUUUUUAUUCCACAAAAAUUCAAAAAUUAGAAUUUCGAAUAACCUCAAAAUACUUUUGCCUUAGAAAGAACACAUAAUCCUAAAAAUGACUUAAGCAUCCAUGUCUAAAGCCUCCGUCCGAUAAGCCUAUUCUAGGAAUAAGGAUACCAUGACCGCCAUCUUGGAUUAUGAUGUCAACGUUGCAAUUUCGUUACGACCGCCAUCUUGAAAAUCCGUAAUUUCAAUGCUAGAAAUUCCGAAAAAAUUCCAAAAAAAUAUUUUAAAAAAUUGCAUACUUCAAAUGUUUAGUUAUUUAAACGAUUUCAGUCCUCGGUUAGAAUUCCGACGAGAGUAAACCAGUAAUUAUUAAUAUAUUAAUUAUAUUAUUAAUAUAAUUAAAAAGUUCUCAAUAAAAAGUAAUAAAAAUUCUUUACACCACACGCGACAUUUUGAAUUAUGUCACCACUGUAUAAACUAUCCAUACGGACACAGUCUUGAAAAUAUUUAUUUAUUACCUAUCGAUUUUAAUUAAAAAAGUUCAAAAUUCACCAAAAAUUAACUCAUUAGAAUAAUGAUUGAUUAGAUCGAUUGCCGUCCUUGGUUCGAAACCGGUAAGAGCAAAAAAUAAAAAACGACAGAUCCUUCCUCCACAGAAGCCACCUACAGACUGACCUACCACCACCAAUAACAAGGUAUAUAUCGUCAACUGGUAUGACGUCAUAUCCGCCACAUUGUCUUCGUCCACUGGAGGCCGCCAUCUUGUUUUCGUCUGCUAGAUUGUGCUAGUGCCAUGUUAGUAUAAUUUUCUGUUCACCAUACCUUUGUCAUCAACUGUUGGCAUUGAACUUUGACCUUGACCCAGAACUUUGACUUUGAACUUAGACAUUGACCUUGAAAUUUAACCUUUCAUUGAAAUUUAACCUUGUCAUUCAAAUUUAACCUUGUCAUUGAAAUUUAACCUUGACCUUGUCAUUGAAAUUUUACCUUGACCUUGUCAUUGAAAUUUUACCUUGACCUUGAUCUUGAAAUUUUACCUUGACCUUGAUCUUGAAAUUUUACCUUGACCUUGAUCUUGAAAUUUGACCUUAUAACUUUACUUUGACCUUGACAACCAUCAUGGAUCCGACAUUUUAUGUUCAGUACAUGCUACCAGGAGCUACCACCUGCUAGAGGACAUUGUCACCAUCUUGUUUUCGUCUGCUGGUGGCCACCAUCUUGUGUGUGUACUCGUCUUAUAAGAGUGCAUUACCAUCAUGCUAGUUUUAUUUUAACCUGCUAGAGUGCAGUAAUCAUUUACUAUUACUGAGGUGUUCGCCAUCCGAACAUUUAGGUGCCAUCUUGGAAUCGUGUAAUAAUUUAACUAGAAAUUAUGGGAAAUAAUCCAAAGUACAUCAAAAAAAUUCACUCAUUCAAGUACUGAUUUAUUCAAAACUUGGUUCGAUCCCUGGUCGAUACAAAAAAUAAUUGUAUGUGAAAAUACAUAAAAAAUGACAGGUUCGAAAAAUAAAACACCACAAUUUCUUUCACAAACAUAAUAUUUAUUACAUGAUUUGUAUUUUUCUACACGAAAACUUGCGAAAGCCAACAAUCUUAUAUAAACAUUUAGCCCUGCAUAAGCGUGAAAUGACUAAUUCUUAGCUCCAAUCGGUUUUUACUAGACAGAGACCAACCAGAACCUUUACAGACAUAGAUAGUCCUCCUCUUCUUGACAGUUUUUCUGGAUACCGUUUUUAACAGUUUGCUUCACAUCGUCAGAACUGUAAAUUACUGCAACCGAUGUCUUGAAUGCACACUUCUUCACUUUGUCAUCGAACGGAUAUGGCUUUUCAUAUAUACAGUCCAACCACAAUUUAUAUUUCAAAGCCCCGUUUGUUGCUACGUCAUCAGUAAGCUGAUUAUGUUCUGUCUGAUAUCGUCAAGAAAAUUACAAAUGUCUUUCGACUCACUAAACGUAUUUAGAUAAUAUUAGUCUUUCAAUGUUCAACGAAAUGCAGACUGCGCCAAGUAGAAGCCAUUAUCGUUCACUUGUAAUGCACCGAACACAGUCUUAGGUUUAUUUUCAUGUUCAGAUGUCAUAGCAAUCGGUUGCUGCACAUCGGGUUUCUUGCUUGUACGCUUACGAGUCUCCAAUAUAAAGCGAGGAGUCGAAAUUUCUGUAGGUAGUUCAGCAGUAGGCGCACAGACUUCACCUUUAAGUUCGUCCUUCUCCUUGGUGCUUAGCGAAGCCAUCCUUCUUUUGUGAUCGUUAGUGAGCAUCCUGCAACCCACAUUAAAUAACUAAAUAAUAUUUACCUGUAACCAUCAUGUAGUGUCAUCUGUUGACAAGAAUCGACACUACUUACAACAGGUUAUUUUGCAUGAGAGAAAUUAACUCUCACCGCUGAAUGGCGCUAUUGUAUUCAGUUAGAGCCAAGUAGUCUCGUAGUCACGUAACCUUGUGUCCUAGAUGCCUCGUAGUCCUGUAGCCUCGCAGUCUCGUAACCUUGUAGACGCGUAAUCACGUAGGUUCGUAAUCUCAUGGCUCGUAGUCGCGUAACCUUGUAGACUCGCAGUCUCGUAACCUAAUGGCUCGUAGUCACGUAGUUAUGAAGUCUUGGAGCCUCGCAGUCUUGUAGCUACGUCACCAAGUAGCCAUGUAAUUUUAUAACAUAAUGCUGCUAGAGAAGUUGGAGCCAAAGAGAAAAAUUCCGUUGAAGACAGAAGCAGCAAUUGGAGCCUUGUAGACUUGUUGCUUUGUAGACAAGUACUCAUGUAGACAUGUAGUCCUGUAGUCACGUAUCUUCGUAGCCACCUAUUCUUGUAGUCAAAAAGCGUUAGGCCUAGUACUAUUUGGUGUCACAUACUUUUGACGUCAUUGAUUGUUGGAGUCAAAGACAGUUGGAUCAAAUGACUGUUGGAGGCAUUGUAUCCUAACGUAAAAUUAACUAACGUAACCUACUGAGUGGAAUGUAUGUGAAAAUGUGUGUCCUUUUCGUUAGAUGUGCUUCCUUAUGUUAAAUUUGCUUCCGAUUGAGCUUCCUUUUCGGUGAUUGUGCUUCCGAUUGUGCGUAAUUUCCUAUAUUCGUGCUUCCGAUUUUGCGUUCUUUUCUAUAUUUGUGCUUCGGUUUUGACUUCCUUUUCAUUGAAUCCUUAAACUGUGUGAACGUUGUGUGGUCAUUGCGUACAUUGCGUACAUUGAGUGUACAAUGCAUGUAUUGCGCGACAAUUGAGAUACCUUAUUUUUUGUGCUUUUUUUUAAAUGUUGUUUUGACUCGAGUAUCAUAGUAAAUGGUUCUUUAUUUGACUAGCGUAUUAUUCCAUCGCGUGCAUGUAUAUAAGCGUGUUCUAGACAUCAUGUCGUUCAGUUUGUUACUGUCGUCGACGGUAUAAGGAUCUGGUGCAUAAGUCGUGUCAAUUACCUGUUCUUGAUACCUCGAUGCCAUCUUUACCGUCUUUGACGUUGAACUCGAUCGAGGUUGUACCAUCGACUACGGGAACAAUGAGGUCAGCGACGACGAUGGUGGAGCAGAUCCCGUUGGCAACGUCGACGUCAACACUGGAGGAGACUUCAACAGUCGAGAUACCACCAGCAGAAGAGACUUUAAUUCCGGUAGUGCUGGCUGUACAGGAAACGUUGACGAACGUUGUUUCGCCCUCGAUUGAGACUUCAAUGGAAGGCGAAUCGUCAACAACUAACGAACAUCGAUGUCGUUACUGCGACAAGAUUUUCUCAAACAUCAGCAAUGCUCGUCGACACGAGAAGAGAGAAUGUGCUAAGAAUCCUCCACGCAACAUGUUUGGUUGUGAGAAUUGUCGCAACCAGUUUUCCAGAAAAGAUCAUAUGAAAACGCACAUGAAGACAUGUAAGAGUCCUGCUGUGCGGCAGAAAGUAAAGGCUUCUAUACAACAACGAUGCCUUGAUGUUCAUAAGAGUAUGCCUGGAAAUAGUACAACUGUGGCAACGCCAGUAUCUGGAUCUGGUCUGAAAGGCUCGUCUUCAUUACCGUGGUAUCCUUACAGCUACUAUAAUACGUCGUUCGUAUUUUCCCAUGAUGCACGAAGACAUGAGCGGAGCAAAUGCAAGAAGAAUCCUUCUCGCAUGAAGUUUCGCUGUGAUGAGUGCCUUAAAUGGUUUACUCGAAUUGACAGUUUGCGACAUCAUGCGAAAAAAUGUAAAGGUGAAGUCUGUGCGCCUACUGCUGAACUACCUAUAGAAAGUUCGACUCCUCGGUUUAGAUUGGUGACUCGUGAGCGUACAUGCAAAAAAAGCGUUGUGCAAAAAUCGAUUGCUAUGACGUCUAAACAUGUAAAUAAACCUAAGACUGUGUUCGGUGCAUUACAAGUGAACGAUAAUGGCUUCUACUUGGCGCAGUCUGCAUUUCGUGGAACAUUGAAAGACUAAUAUUAGCCUAUCUAAAUACGUUUAGUGAGUCGAAAGACAUUUGUAAUUUUCUUGACGAUAUCAGACAGAACAUAAUCAGCUUACUGAUGACGUAGCAACAAACGGGGCUUUGAAGUAUAAAUUGUGGUUGGACUGUAUAUAUGGAAAGCCAUAUCGGUUCGAUGACAAAGUGAAGAAGUGUGCAUUCAAGACAUCGGCUGCAGUAAUUUACAGUUCUGACGAUGUGAAGCAAAAUGUUAAAAACGGUAUCCAGAAACUCUGUCAAGAAGAGGAGGACUAUCUAUGUCUGUAAAGGUUCUGGUUGGUCUCUGUCUAGUAAAAACCGAUGGGAGUAAAGAAUUAGUCAUUUCACGCCUAUGCAGGGCUAAGUGUUUAUAAGAUUGCUGAGUUUCGCAAGUGUUCGUGUAUUAAAAUAUAAAUUAUGUAAUAAAUAUUAUGUUUGUGAAAGAACUUGUCUUUUAUUUUUCGAACCUGUCAUUUUUUAUGUAUUUUCACAUACAAUUAUUUUUUUUGUAUCGACCAGGGAUCGAACCAAGUUUCGAAUCAAUCAGUACUUGAAUGAGUGAAUUUUUUUGAUGUACUUUGGAUUUUAUUCCCGAAUUUCUAGCUUAAUAAUUACACGAUUCUAGAUGGCACCCAAAUAUUCGGAUGGCAAACACCUCAGUAAUAGUAAAUGAUUACUGCACUCUAGCGGGUUAGAAUAAAACUAGCAUGAUGGUAAUGCACUCUUAUAAGACGAGUACACACACAAGAUGGUGGCCACCAGCAGACGAAAACAAGAUGGUGACAAUGUCCUCUAGCAGGUGGUAGCUCCUGGUAGCAUGUACUGAACAUAAAAUGUCGUAUCCAUGAUGGUCGUCAUGGUCAGUCAAAUUUCAAGGUCAAGGACAAAUUUCAAGGUCAAGGACAAAGUUCAAAGUCAAGGACAAAUUUCAAGGUCAAGGUCAAAUUUCAAGAUCUAGUUCAAGGUCAAAUUUCAAAAUCAAGAUCAAAUUUCAAGGUCAAGGUCAAAUUUCAAAUCAAGGUCUAGGUAAAAUUUCAAGAAUAAGGUCAAGGUUUAUUUCAAGGUCAAGGUUAAAUUUCAAGGUCAGGGUUAAAUUUCCAUGACAAGGUUAAAUUUAAAGGUCAAGGUCAAAGUUCUGGGUCAAGGUCAAAGUUCAAUGCCAACAGUUGAUGACAAAGGUAUGGUGAACAGAAAAUUAUACUAACAUGGCACUAGCACAAUCUAGCAGACGAAAACAAGAUGGCGGCCUCCAGCGGACGAAGACAAUGUGGCGGAUAUGACGUCAUACCAGUUGACGAUAUAUACCUUGUUAUUGGUGGUGGUAGGUCAGUCUGUAGGUGGUUUCUGUGGAGGAAGGAUCUGUCAUUUUUUUUUUGCUCUUGCCGGUUUCGAACAAAGGACGGUAAUCGAUCUAAUCAAUCAGUUUUCUAAUGAGUUAAUUUUUGGUGAAUUUUGAACUUUUUUUUCAUUAAAAUCGAUAAUAAAUAAAUAUUUUCAAGAUGGCUUCCGUAACGAUAAUUUAUAGUGGUGACAUAGUUCAAAAUGUCGCGUAUUGAUUCGACUGAUUUCUGUUCUUGGUACAAUCCUUGCUCAAUGCAAAAAAAAUUAAUUUCAGGAAAAAUUAUGUUUAUUUAAUAAAAUGUAUUGGCACAGGCUAAAAGGCCCUCAGUCCAAACAACGCAGUUUUGAGAAAAACGAAUAAAUCAGUCUCUGAGUAACUCUUUGAGCAUUUGUUAAGAAUAACCCUAGCUAAUAUUAGCUAACCCGCGCGUGUGAAUCAAUCCAUUUUAGUAUAGAUAGUUGAAGCUAUCCUAUAACAUGCUAUUUUCAUGCUUAACUCACUUUGCCAUGUUUUGUGACUGAGGCUCUUUUAGCAUGUACCGAUUCAAAUAUGGUAAAAACAAUCCUAAAAGAGAUAUAAAUUUUCAUUUACCAACCUCCAUUUCAUUCGAUAGAUUCUUGUCCUUGGUUCGAUACUUGCUUGAUAAAAAAAUAAGGUAAUUUUAUGAAGAAACAUUCAUUAAAAAGUCGUUAAAAAUCAUAAAAACUACUUAAGUUCCUCAUUCACCAGCCACCAGUAAGCUGGCGAUACCAUCUUGGCCGCCAUCUUGGAAAUUCGUAAUUACUAACCUAGAAAUUCGGGGAAAAUUACGAAAAUCCUAAAAAAAAUCAACAAUUAAUUUACGAACUGAUUAAAUCGAUAUUCAACCUUGGUUUGAUCAUUGCUCAAUGCAAAAAAUAUACAAUUUCAGUUAAAAAUAUAUAUUUAUUUAAAUUUAACAUUGAAGUACCAGGUUCAAAAAAUAAAAACACAAUUUUACAAAUCAAUUAUAUUGCUAAGAACGUAAGCAGGGCCGCGGCGCGUGCAGGUUCGGAGCUGGCUGGCAGCCCCACACGGCCACUGAUGUCACGUGGCCGCCGCAAUGUGAGAUGUACCGCGCGCGCCUGGUAGAUUACAAGGAUUGUCGCUUCCUCCCUCCUUCCCCCCCGCUCCCAACGCGAUGCUUUAUCUCUGCGACAUAACUGACACCUGACAGCUGCCGACGCGUGUCUAGAGAUUUCUCGCGUUGGGUCGGUGCGGAAUGACGAGACUUGCCCCAGCCGAGCGUGAAUUCUAGAAGUGGCGCCUGUGAUAUGUAAUCCCAGGACGCCGGCCUCCGAGGGAGUCAGUUCAGCUGGGAGCUGGGAGUUUUCCCGCGGCGGAGUUUCCGGGCGAUAGUGCCGCGCGUGCGACGGAGUGGCGAAGUCCCAGGACGAAGGUUCCAGGGUGGAGUGUUCAGUUCUAAGUUCAGUUUCUAAAUAAAUUUUUGAUACGAACAGCCAUAACUGGCAUGGGUUCGAAAAAAAUUUUCACCGGACAAAAAAACGUAACUGCCUUAGUAGACACCUUAUCAAAACUGUUUAGAUUGUUUGUAAAUGUCAUAAUUAUUUUCCAAAACUUUGUCUAAAACAAUGUUUGAUAAGAUGCUUGGUGUUGAAAAGGAUAGAAAAAUAAUUCAAAAUUUUGUACCAUGAUCGAUAUUAAAUUCCUUCGUAUUUAUUUGAUACAUUUUACAUAUUAUGUUCAAGAUUCGAUUAAAAUAUUUUUGUAGCAACCAUGACUGCAAGGGGAAGAAAAAAUUAUGGGUUUAAGGAUAUAAAAAGCCCUUUUUUUAUAAUGUAAAGAAAUAUAACCAUCAAAAUCUCCCUGCGCCUUUAGGCUGUGCCGAUAAGGAAUUUUUUCUAACUUUAACCUACAACAAGAAUCUGUUCACACACAUUUCAUUCAUAGGAAUUUAUACGAUCAAUCUAACGUUAACUUGAUUAAGCAAUUAAUAACAUCACAUUACUUUUAAUCACUAUCGCUACCGCUGACCAAUGUUGAUUCCCCCUCCAAAAGAGUAGCAUAGAGCUGACUAGAAGAUAACAUAAAUAAUAUAUAAUAAUAUAAAUAUAAAUAAAUAAUAUAAAUUUAAUAUAUAAUUUGUAAAAAUUAUAACUGUAACGAGUCACCGGACAGAACGCGUUGAUUCGUCGCGAGACGCGAUACUAACUGGCUGGCUGGUUUUCAGAAAUGCGUGUCUAAGGAAAUACAUGGUUGACUAAGGAAGCCAUGUAUUUGAAAUUGCUUGCAGGACAGAACCCCACUUAUCUAAACACACGACCCUGUUAGCUCUUACGACGGCAGCUUGUGAGAGAAACCUCUUUUCCACGGAAACUGUAGAAGCAAUUGAGAUGGAGCUUUUUUUGAAAACUAAUUCAAUUCAUUGUGAACAUUUUUCACGCUUUCGUCCCCCAUCUAUCUUUAAUAGAAAAAAUGUUUUCCGCUGGUCAACUUUUUGAUGUGUCAGUUUGUGAGAAAAUGCAUUUCAAUAUAUUUAAAAAAUUAUUUAAGUGAAACCUGUACAGUUUUUGUGUUAACAUUUGUUCGGUGGCGUCCUAAGGCAUUAAUUUAUUAAUAAAAAAAAUCUUAAUGAAAUACACAUGUAGGUUUUUUUUUUAUGUGAAACAUCUCGGAAUACUUCAAAACAGUUCGCAGUGAAUAAGUUAUGUUUUUUAAUUUUUUCGGACACUUAAAAUAUUGUUAAGUAUUCAAAAUAAGCAUUGCCUGAUGCGUAUUUCGGUGCUAUACAAUAUGAAAAAAGCUUGGUCCAAAAAUUAAAAUUUUAAUUUCGUUUGAUAUUUGGCAACAACGCACGAAGAAACAAGGACAGCGCUAAUGGCAAUCGGCGUGUGUUAGAGAGAGAGAGAAUGCGCCCAUUUACUUCCACACUGCAAUCUAAGAGUGGGAUGCUCUAUAGAUACAUCUAUUCAGUAGCCAGGAACACAUUUUUUUAACAACUGAAAUAGUAUAUUUUUUGCAUUGAGUGCGGAUCAAACCAAGGUCGGAUAUCGAUCGAAUAGUCAGGAUAUAGGUUUUUUUUUAAUUUCUAGAAUAAUAAUAUGAAUUUUUAAGAUGGCGGCCAAGAUUUCGAAGAGGCCAGGCGGAAUUUUUCAUUAUGGUAGUUUUCAAUUAUGGUAGUCUUCCGUCGCCCCAAAGCUAACUGUGGCGGGAAUUUCAGAUUCUUGGAAAAUAUGCUGGUAAUCAAUACACUUUCCUUUAGCUACUCCGGUGAGAGUAUAAUGUUUAGCCCCAGCUCAAUGAUGCGCAGUCUGAACCGUUGCACAAUCUCGGUGCAUCAAGUUUAUGCAUCAACGAAACCGGGACGCCAACCUUCAGCUGCAGUUAGUGGCAAGACUAUACGGACGCAGGAAAUUAUAGCAUGUUUCAAAUUCAAGACAACGCCAUGUAAUGAGGCCUUUAGUUUGCUAGCCACCGUGAGCUUCGCUAAGCGUACGUGUCUGACCAAGGAGGAUAGGAAUUUGCCAGACCUUAAUACAUGAACGCGUGGUGGAAAUGGAUAAAUGACACACACUCAUUGGAUGUCUAUGACAUAUUUAUGAUUAUCUAUUAUAAAACUGAAUUUAUACCGCGUGUUAAAAAUAUCUAAAAUCCUCUUUCUUUCCCUCAGUGAGCUGCCAAAACGGCUUGAAGCAAAGUGGUUAAUUUGCAACAAAAUAAAAAUGUAAUUGGUAUUACUUAGUUGUUGAAUGAGUUUUUGAAUGAGUUGUUGAUUUUUCCCCCGCUUUUUCUCUCUCAUUGUGUGUUGUUACAGAAUUCUGCACAAAUAAAGAGAAUUAAUGCAAGUGAAAGAAAAUAUAAUUUUAAUGAAGUACCAAGUAGUAAAAGUACACAUUAGGAAGAAAAGUGGUUUGUGUGUGUGUUAUAUACAUACAAAUAAUCUGUCUUGAAAUUAGCCAGUAGAAUUCGACUCUAACCCUGGAAUGUUUCAAUUCGGCAAAACAAUUUUAUUUUAUGUUUAAGUCUCCAAAAUAAAAUAAAAUAAAAUAAAAUAAAAACCGGAUUCCAGUUAAUUGUGCGAACAAUGCGCUGUAGACCAUUAUCCCCCCCCCCCCUCACGGACCGGGUAAGUUAGGUUUUGUUGUUGGGAAGCGCGCUGCGAUCCACAGCUUUGUCGUCGACGCGCGAAGCUCUGACCGCGGCGACCUUGCCAGUAUCUUUUUUUUUUCUCCGCGCUCGAAAUAACAGAGGCUCGCCCCUGUUUUAAUGUGUGACCUGGAACCGAGACACAUGGACUUCAGCACCCGGCUAAUAUCUAUUCUCAAUCAACUUUAUUCGCGGUUGGCUGAACACUGCAAAAGUCAGGCUUGUGCUUUCAGUGAAGCUGCUAAUAUGUGGAUGUGUGUUGUUAAAAAAUUAAUUCUACAAACUUCGUAGGCGCAUUAAUUAACAGUUAAUUAAUGGUAUAAUUAGUAGUAAUUACUAAUAUUUGGGGGAAAAUUUUAUACUAUUAAGCUUCCGGAAAUUUGCAUCUAUCUACCACUUGUUCACACGAUGGCUAUGUUUAAUCAAACGAUUAUGACCAAUCAGUGUGACAUGGUGUAUGUAUUGCUUGCUAAUUAUUUAAUUCAAUAUAAUUAUGUUCUUUUAAUGAUUCUUGCAGUGGGGAAGAUUAAUUAAAACAAUUUCAUGGACAUAGACAAUUGCUGAAUUACACUGGAUGUCAUAGAAAAAAAACAUGAAAGGAUAUCAAAUAUGCAUACAUAAACAAACGGAGAACAAAUCAAAAUCAGCUGACGUCAAAAUUUAAAUGCCGAUCUUAUCAAUAUUGUAUAACGUUAUCCAAAAACUCAAUUAAAUCGUAAGGGAUUUUGCAUGAAAACAAUCUUUGAUUUUAGUGUCAAUUUAUUUUAAAAUUGAUCUUUUCCGUAAUUUUUUAAAGUCUCAAAGUUAACCGUCUUGAUCGUUUUAAAAACUAACGUAAAGGCGAAACAUUUCCUACCUGGAAAAAAAUUUACUGAAUUUUUUUGAUUAAUGAAUAAGUGGGAUUAUAUAAGAAGCAAAAAAAAAAAGAGCUAAAUUAACAUGGCUGAAAAUUUUUGGAACCCACUGAUGUACUUGUAAUAUGAAAUCCCUAGAAUUAGUUAUGUUCCUGUUCCUAUUUUAUUCCUUAAUAUCCAGCACACAGUGAAUGUAGUUACUAUUUCAUCUUGUGUAAAUUGUUUUUAGUGCAAGUAUUAAUCAUACAAGUGUUCUCUUUGUUACGCGACUCUCGUUAGUUAUGUUUAUGUCCACCUAUAUCAGUGGUGAAAACAUCAUAAACAUUAGUUUUACAUUGCAAAAUUUUAAAAAUAAUAUUGUUGAAGCUACAAAAUAUUUUUUUAUUUCACUUAAUAACGCUGCUUAAUAACUUUUGGUCUCCAUGAAAAAGUUGCAUCACUACUACAAAACUGUUAUCACGUAACUUGCUAAUCGCUAUCAGUUACGUGGACACUGCAAAAAUACUUCUAAAUCAACAUGAAAUGCUUGCAGAGUGAGUAAUUAAUGAAAUUCUCCGUGGUAGAUGCGAAGCGGUAUUAUUAGCGUAGUGUUCGUGCCGGGCAGGCAUUGGCCACGUGUUCGCUCUGCGGAGACAGCGUGUUUCUCUCGCUCACGCCCAGUCGCAGCCGAGCAGCGCCUUCCUCCGACACGGCAACCUCUGGCCGGUUAACGGAAUGACUUUGUGGGAUUACGCCCAUCUUCUUCAUCGAGCAAGUGCCGAGGUCAAGUGAUGUGGCUCGACAGAUCCAUUUGUGCUCGAUGUUCCGCCAUCUCACGACACGUUCGGCCGAGUCCAAUCGAUGAGGUAUCGAUAACAUCAACCUGGCGCAGGUCGUCCCGUGACCAAAGCUUCAUUGUUUUUGAUUCACCCUAAGGCUUUCAAAUAUCAUACCACCAGGACGACUGCAGCAAUUCUAUUUUUUUAAAUUAAAGUAUAUAUCUAUUUGAGUAAAAUAGAUUGUUUUAUGUAACGAUGGGCAGGGAGUGGUUUGAUGACUUUAUUCUGUAGAGCCAUGAGCUUUAUUACUUUUAUAUUGUUUCAGAGAUAUUAAACACUAAAACUUUAAGUACUCCGUUAUGAUAUUAAGAGAGACGAUAUUUUAUUUCAGUGGCUAGAAGUGAAAAAUUUGUAAUAUUAAUAUGAAAAUCCAAAUUGCAGUUGCUCUCUUGUCAUGUAGACUUAAUGUCAUGUGUUCCAUGUGGUGAUUUGUGACACAUUUAUAUAUUAAAAGGUUUAGGUACAAUAAGAACCGAGCAUUUUCAGUCUUCGCAGUAUCUUCGUAUUCCUUCGGCAAUGUUCGCCGUUGACUCUUAAAACUACAAGAAGUACAGAAAGUUAUGUAUUUGGAAAUGUUAUGUUUUUUGACAUUACUGACAAGGUUUUCGUACCAUUGCUGCACAUUUCCUGGCGCUUUGCAUUUACUCUCUUCAAAUCGCAAGUCACACAUGUAGGUAUGACAGCCAUCCGUUUAUUUAUACUUAUGUAUUGUAAGCCUAUUAUUGUAAUGGAUGCAUUAUGCUAUGUGACGGUAAGUGCCGCGUGCGAGAGACUAGGAAGGAGGAAGGCAUUCCAACAUUUUUCCUCUGAAUCAUUUUUCUGGUGUAGAUGUUCAUUGUAUCUUCAUAUGCAAAACCUUACACAUUUUCAAUUACAUGCAUGUAUGUAAGUUCUGUAAUAACUUGAUUCUCUGUCACCCAUAGGCUUACCCCUUCACCCAUCUUAUCCUUUAAUGCAAUACCUUAACAGAAUAAUUGAAGUCGCACUACCCUCCGGGGUCCAGAGACCGAUGACGGAGGUAGUGGAGAGAUAGGGCAGGGGAGAGCAGGAGAAGAUGUACCGACUCAAGGCCACUUCUGGCAUAGCCUGCAGUGGAAAACUCCUGGGGAUUGGGCCACGGUGACGUCACUCACCUGCCUGUGAGGCGACCUGGGUGGGCUCCUUUGUUUGCAGUGCGCAUUUUAAUGGGAAUUUACUUUAUCUUUCCAGUGAUACUAGCGCUGCCCUUGUUUCGGUGUGCUCUGUUGCCAUAUAUACGCCAUGGAGCACAAAAAAGUGACAAAAAUUUCAAACAUGUGAAACAUUGUAUUGUUACGAACGCAGACAGGACCGCGACGCGCGCCAGCUAGCUCCAUACCGGGCAUCGCGGUCUGGUCUCUCGCGGCCAAUAUGUCAAUGUCGGGUUACAGAAGGCUGGUUGACUAGGAAACUAAGCUUCUUUUAGAAUUUUUUAUAUUUUAUCGAAUAGCAUUUUUUACCUAACUUUUUGGAUCCAACCAAUCACUGUUAUGUAUUGAAUCAAUCAGUUAAUUAAUUGCUGUUUUUAUGAAUUUGGGAUUUUUCCAAAUUUAUAGCUUAAAAAUUACAGAUUUCCAAGAUGGCAGCCAAUUUUCAAGAUGGCGGGAGCCUUUGCAAUAAAUGAUUCCUGCACUCUAGCAGGUAAAAAUUAAACUAAUAUGGCAGCAGCACCUUUUAGCAGACAAAAAUAAUGUAUCCAUGAUGGUGGUCUCCGGCAGACUAAACCAAUAUGGCGGACGUGACAACAUACUAGCUGGCAUAAUAUAUACUUUGGCAUAAGUGGUGAGAGGCCAGUUUGUCAUUGGCGUCUGUGGAGGAAUUAUGUCUUUUUUUUUUUUUUGCCUUCGCGGAAUUCGAACCGAGAACUCCAUGUCGUAAGUACGUUUUGAAUUAAAUUUUCAUUAAAUUGCAUUGAAAUAA